AUGAGCGCCGCCCGGCCCCAGUUCAGCAUCGACGACGCCUUCGAGCUGUCCCUGGAGGACGCGGGUCCCGGGCCCGAGCCCAGCGGGGUCGCCCGCUUCGGGCCGCUGCACUUCGAACGCCGGGCGCGGUUCGAGGCGGCCGACGAGGACAAGCAGUCCCGGCUGCGCUACCAGAACCUGGAGAACGAUGAGGGAGGUGCCCCGGUGUCUCCGGAGCCAGACGGGGGAGUGCACACCAGGGAUGCUGGCGGCCGAGCAUCCUCCGUCCGCAGCUCCCAGUGGUCCUUCAGCACCAUCAGCAACGGCACCCAACGCUCCUACAACGCCUGCUGCAGCUGGACGCAGCACCCUCUGAUCCAGAAGAACCGCAGAGUAGUGCUGGCCUCCUUCCUGCUGCUGCUGCUGGGGCUGGCGCUGAUCCUGGUCGGCGUGGGACUGGAGGUGGCCCCCUCGCCAGGCGUCUCCAGCGCCAUCUUCUUCGUCCCCGGCUUCCUGCUGCUGGUCCCGGGAGUGUACCACGUGAUCUUCAUCUGCUGCGCCGUGCGCGGCCGCCGCGGCUUCCGGUUCUUCCACCUGCCCUACUUCGAGAAGUGA